AAACGAUGGAGACGAUGAGGGGCAGCUAGUCCGCUAACAGGUUUUUAUGAAUAUUUAUCUAGAGAGAGCCUCUCUAGUUCAAAUAUCAGUGUUGUUUGACCCUAUUAAAAUUAUUAUUCGCACUAUUGCUGUAUAAGAAAGUUCUGAGGAGCCGAAAUGUUACCUCUGCGCACGUUUGUUUCUGCCCAACAAGAUCACAUGACACGACACUGUCCAUGUACCGUCAGCUAGCCUGUUAGCAGCUAGCAGCGUUAGCACCAGGGCUCACCAGGAAGAGGUGCGACCUGACGUGUCGAGCCACAUCAAGACGACCAGCUGUCAAACAUCAACAUUUCACUUAUUUAUUUCAUUGUUCAUUCCAUGCAGACCCAGCAGCGCUCAGGCUAAACGUAAGCUGGUUAAACGUUAGCUACAUGUCUACUCAGAUCAUCAUAAAAUAAACGAGCAUGUGACCAAGGAGGACCAGAGAAAACAGCACAUGAUCUGGACAAGUGGAGGAGGCAAUAAUCAAUCAGGGAUAAACUGUUUCAAAGGGGUCCACUGGGAGUGAAAAGCCAUGACAUCAAAAACCUCUCUGCUUAAAGUCAUCCUGCUGGGUGAUGGUGGUGUAGGAAAAAGCUCCAUUAUGAAUCGCUAUGUCACUAACAAGUUUGACGCACACCUUUUCCACACUAUUGGGGUUGAGUUCCUGAACAAGGAACUGGAGGUAGACGGGCACCAGGUCACCCUACAGAUCUGGGAUACUGCUGGUCAGGAGCGUUUCCGCAGCCUGAGGACUCCUUUCUAUCGUGGCUCAGACUGCUGCUUGCUCACCUUCAGUGUAGACGACAACCAGAGUUUUCUCAACUUAGGCAACUGGAAGAAGGAGUUCAUCUACUACGCAGAUGUCAAAGAGCCGGAGAAGUUCCCGUUUGUUGUCUUGGGUAACAAAGUGGACGUGACGGAGAGGCAGGUGACUUCAGAGGAGGCUCAGCAAUGGUGCCAGGAAAAUGGGGAAUACCCCUAUUACGAGACCAGUGCGAAGGAUGCCACCAAUGUAGCGGUGGCCUUUGAGGAGGCUGUGCGUAGAGUGUUGGCACUGGAUGAAAGACCGGACCACCUCAUCCCCACGGACACUGUCAAGCUCCACAGAAAGCCUCGCUCUGCUGGUGCUUGCUGUUCAUAACAUCCAGAAGUUAUCACUAACAUUAUUUUGCUGUAUCUGCCUGUUAUGUGAUGAGGCUGUAGGUGUACAAUGCUGUCGUAACAUCUUAUUUUUAAAACAUGAUGCUACUGGCUUUAUGAUUUUUUUCUGUUGAAGGUAUAAAGGCUAAUUGUUGGACUUCUGUUUGAAGAGGAGAACACUAAAUUCAGUAAGGUCGACAAAAAUAUGCAAUCAAUGAAACCUUGGUCAGUUCAGCCCACAAACAUUUAAGCUCCAGCCUUGGAGGAACAAAUGAUAAGAUUUCCCAGUGGUAACCUAUUUGGUUCAUAUUUUGAAAGAAAGGAAGUCAUUUUGGAAAUGUCCCUGUCCCUUUUGAAUAGUUAAUUGUUGCAGUGUUUCAUGAAGGUAAAUUACAGGAUGACUCUAAACAUGUGCACUACCUUGGGAGUACUACUUUUGAUCUUCAUUCCAACACACAAUAAUACAGAGUGAUUGUUUGAGAAUAACUGCAUAAUUGCAUAUUUAUUCAGCCCAUUAACAUUAUUUCUGAGAAUAAUGAAGUAGCUAUGAACAAUGUUGUAUAACUAACAAAUUGAGGCUUGUUGUGAUUUUCGCACCUUUAGGUAUUGUUUGUGCACACUCUGCAUAGUGAAUAGUUUGUGGCUACAUGCUGGAAGCACUGAGGGACAUGAUCCCUACUGGAAGUUUAUAUUAAAGCAAACAUAACAUGCAUGGCAUAUGGUGUACUUAAGUUUCUGAAAACUUUUAUAUUUUGUAAACUGUUUUUAUCUAAAGAUUCAUAGGAUAAGCAAAUAGCAGUCAUUAUGGAAAUAAUGCUGUUCAAACAGUUGGGUUUGUUUUAGCUAGAUGAAUUUGAUCUUUUUAGCAUUAACACUUUUCAAUAACAGUUUACAAUCUUUCCCCACCUUUAAUAUUUAACAUGAUGAAUGAUUUCUUUACCUUGACUGCUUCUCAUGCAGAUUUCAUAUCGAUUCAAAACUGUACUACUGGUAUGCCAAAUGAUGAAUAAACCCUGAGAAUGGCCUCCUUAAAGCUUU